UGGCUCACAGAGCUCUCUAAGAAUCGGAUCAAAGCAAUAGACCAUCUCUGUCCCAUCAUGAACACACACACAGCUUUGCACUCUUUUUUUGGGGGGGGUGUCACAGAUUCUCCAAAACCUGUCUGUGGUCCCUGGAACCCAUCAGGGAGCCUCUGACUGAACAUAUGUCUGGGGUCUGCCACCGUUUGGGGACUUGACCCCCCAGGGUUGGCAACAAGUGCCCCCUGGGCUCCCUGGAACCCAUCCCCUACCACCCAGCAACUCGGGGUCCCCCACCCUCUUUGUCCUGGGCCCCCAGGGACCUCCAGAGGUUGGAAGAGGUCACCUGUGCCCCCCAGCCUGGGCGAGCUCCCCAGGGUGGCCAGGAGGAGGGCAGUGCUGGCUCUCCCUUGCCUGCCGGGCACACACACAGUUAAUCCUCAGCGGCUGCUGUUUGGAUAACAUGCGCUGGGAGCGUUGGAGGCUCCGCGGCCCCGCUCACAUCUGGCUGGGGUUUGCUCUUUACGAGUCUGCCCCGCUUUCUUCAUCUCUUCCUUUACUUUCGAGAAACCGCGCUUCCGCUUCUGGCCAGAGAGACCUUGGAAAGGAGGAGGUCAAGGUGCCGGGAAGGCAGGGACGGCUGUUGCCUGCACCCGCCCCCCCUUCUGCACCUUCUUCCCCGAAGACUUUUUCCUUCCUCCUGGCUCUCUCCUCUGACAAGUCUGUUCUUCCCCCGACCUGGCUGGGAGGAGGCCCUGCCACUGGGAGAUGCUCUAAGCCCAAGAGGCCGCCGCAGGACGCCGGCUGGAGCAGGGACUGGCAGGAAGAUGGGCUCCCGGGGACUGAGACUGGUGCUGGCGUGCUGCCUGCUGCUGGCCUUCGCCUGUGGCCCGGCGCUGGGCCGUGUGCCACGUGGUCUGCAGGAGCAGGAGGGGACCGAGGAGCCGCUUCUGGACCACGCUGAGAGGGAUGAAGAAAACCAUGAAAAGUACAGCCCCAGGCCGGGCGAGGAGGCCCCUGCUUCCCAGUGCUUUCGCUGCUGUGACCCGGGCACCCCCGUGUACCAGGCCAUCCCCAUGCCACAGAUCAACAUCACCAUCUUGAAAGGUGAGAAGGGUGACCGGGGAGACCGAGGCUUGCAAGGGAAAUAUGGCAGGACGGGCUCCGUGGGCGCCAGGGGGCACGUGGGCCCCAAAGGGCAGAAGGGGUCCAUGGGGGCCCCCGGGGACCGCUGCAAGAGCCACUACGCCGCCUUCUCGGUGGGCCGCAAGAAGCCGCUGCACAGCAACGACUACUACCAGACGGUGAUCUUCGACACGGAGUUCGUGAACCUCUACGGCCACUUCAACAUGUUCACGGGCAAGUUCUACUGCUACGUGCCGGGCGUCUACUUCUUCAGCCUUCACGUGCACACCUGGAACCAGAAGGAGACGUACCUGCACGUCAUGAAGAACGGGGACCAGGUGGUGAUCCUGUACGCGCAGGUGAGCGACCGCAGCAUCAUGCAGAGUCAGAGCCUGAUGCUCGAGCUGCAGGAGCAGGACGAGGUCUGGGUGCGGCUCUUCAAGGGCGAGCGGGAGAACGCCAUCUUCAGCGACGAGUUUGACACCUACAUCACCUUCAGCGGCUACCUGGUCAAGCCCGCGGCGGAGCCCUAGCCCGGCGGCCCCGCGGCAGCCCUUCCCCGGGCCUGGCUUCCCUGCCCCACUGCCCCAGCUUCGGCCUUCCGCACGACGCCCUGCACGGGAGGGGAAGCGAGAGCGGCUGCGCUCCCCGGCCACGCGGGCUCCUGGGCGGGCUCAGCGGGCGGGCGCCUGCGAGGAUGAGGACGGGCCUCCAGCUCCCCUCCGUGCGCAUAUCCUUAGGCCGCCACAUGGCAGGGUGUCCCAGAGUCAUCCUUGCUCCCAGGGCCGGAAAUAAUUAGGGAAAUUCUAAAGUUUGUGAAAGGAGCAAAGUAAGCCAUGUGGGAAAAGGGAGGUGUUAAUUUUGCCUCUCCUCCAGCCGCACUGGCUUCCCAGGGAGGCUGUUCUCGAAUGAGCUUGCAUGUUCCAGAAGACCUGAGGUAGACAGAUGCUGUGGGCCACCGGGGAAGGGGUGGAGGGCGUGGGGACCCUCUUAGGCCACGUACGAGCCUUUUUGGGCAACAGCUGGACUGCCAUCCAUAUCGUGGGGACGUCACGGCCUCGCCCAUGGGUUCAGCGGGUCUUUCGGAGCCACAACGGCGAGGGGGUUUGGGUUGGGGUAUUGAAUGUCAGCUCUCAGCCCUCGGCCCUGGUCUCUGGGCUGAGAGAAGCAGCCUGCUUGCUGGAACCCACAGACUCCUGACAGCAGCAGGGGACCUCAGGAGCCCCUGGAUCUGCUGAUGUUUCUAUGAGGAGCAAAGCUCAGUACAACCACGGCCCAGCCCUCCAUCCUGGCCUGGCUCUGCUCCACUCCCCCAUACUGCCCAGGAGCCCCGCAUGGGGCCUCCAUGCCUGGCGCCCUGGCGUUCGCUCUUUGCUCCUCCUCCCAGACGGGUCAGCUACGGAAGGCACUGGGGCCUUCGUUUUGUAGCAGGGUCAUGGUUAUAUAAUAUUUUCUACAGAACCUCCUUGCACACCAUCUCAGAGUCCUGUUUCCCAGGGGGGUUAACACUCGGCAGCCCCAGUGCUCUCCCCCAGGCCUCUGACCAGCAGCCUAAGACAACACGGGAGGGGCUUCCUCUGGGCCCCAGAGCAGGGCAGAGCCGGAAGGGGCUGGAAGGCUCCGCCUCUACCUGUCUCAGAGCCCCCGUGGGGCACCAUCCCUCUGACCAGGAGAGAAGACAUGUCUCAACCACUGGAGUCAGAACCCUCUCUCCGAGGUGGGGUGUAGAUGUGCCCAAAGUGGCUGCUGCCUGGAAUUGGUGCUCUAGCCUGUGGCUGGCUUUGGCCGGGCGGCCCUUCUUGCCUCUCUCUAUUCAUACCCAGGGCCAGGGUCCCUCUCCUACCUGCUUGGGCCCCUAAGCCCCUACAGGAACCUUCCUUCCCACUGCCUGGUGACCCUUGGUCUUGACCCAUCCCUCUGCUCUCCCUGGGCCUGGCCACUGGGUCUGGGGUCUGCACCAUCCUUCCCUCUGAAGGACUUCUGCUGGUCAGACUUGAAAAAUGGUGUUUCUGGCGUGCUGGUGAGCAGAGUGCCCGCCUGCUGCUUUGUGCUGUCCCAAUGCUCUUUCAGAAAACAUUAAACUCCGAACCACGUGUCUCAGCA